AUGUAUGCAAUAACUUAUCAACAACUAUACAACAACUAUACAACAACUAUACAACAACUAUUCAACAACUAUACAACAACUAUACAACAACUAUUCAACAGCUAUUCAACAACUAUACAACAACUAUACAACAACUAUUCAACAACUAUUCAACAACUAUACAACAACAAUACAACAAAUAUACAACAACUAUACAACAACUAUUCAACAACUAUUCAACAACUAUACAACAACUAUACAACAACUAUACAACAACUAUACAACAACUAUUCAACAACUAUUCAACAACUAUAUUCAACAACUAUUCAACAACUAUACAACAACUAUUCAACAACUAUACAACAACUAUACAACAACUAUUCAACAACUAUUCAACAACUUUACAACAACUAUACAACAACUAUUCAACAACUAUUCAACAACUAUUCAACAACUAUUCAACAACUAUUCAACAACUAUUCAACAACUAUACAACAACCAUACAACAACUAUACAACAACUAUUCAACAACUAUACAACAACUAUACAACAGCUAUACAACAACUAUACAACAACUAUUCAACAACUAUUCAACAACUAUUCAACAACUAUUCUACAACUAUUCAACAACUAUUCAACAACUAUUCAACAACUAUACAACAACUAUACAACAACUAUACAACAACUAUUCAACAACUAUACAACAACUAUACAACAACUAUACAACAACUAAUCAACAACUAUUCAACAACUAUUCAACAACUAUUGAACAACUAUUUAACAACUAUUCAACAACUAUACAACAACUAUACAACAACUAUUCAACAACUAUUCAACAACUAUACAACAACUAUACAACAACUAUACAACAACUAUGCAACAACUAUACAACAACUAUUCAACAACUAUUCAACAACUAUUCAACAACUAUACAACAACUAUACAACAACUAUUCAACAACUAUUCAACAACUAUUCAACAACUAUACAACAACUAUUCAACAACUAUUCAACAACUAUUCAACGACCAUUCAACAACUAUUCAACAACUAUUCAACAAAUAUUCAACAACUAUUCGUUUAACUGUUUUUCAACACUUUGCUAUAUUUUUUUUAGUUCCGCUGAUGUGCAGCAGUUCAACUCCCUGCGACAGUUCAUCUCCCCCAACUGUUUUGACCAUUUCAACACAAUUUUAUGCAUUAAAAUCUAUGUAAUGACACUAGCCGAUGCUUGUUGA